AGUAGUGCUUCUCUCGACCAUUGAUUGGCAGUAAAGUUUACCUGUGACCGUGAAAGUUAUUUUCCGAUCGGAAGAAACCCUACCAACGCUUCUACUGCGGCAGGUGGAGCAGUGAAAUCAGAGUGCGUGAAGUGAAAAGUGUGUUGUCAUCAGAUCCUUGAACGGUGCUCGGAUUUUCCCUGGGAACGUGCGUUCUAGAAGGGCAUCAGUUUCUUCGAAAGGAGUGUUUGUUUUUCCCAUUCCAACGUCCCGCAGCAUUCGGUGACCUGGCAUGGAUGAAGAAAACAGUUGGUCAAAGGAGGAGGUCCAAGAUUUGAUCGCCAUCCUGAAAGAAAGACAAAUACUGUGUCAACCGGAGGGUAAAAAGUCUCGCGCACUGGACACGUUCAAGGUCGUGGCGGACGAUCUGCGUAUCAUUGGGACGUACCGCACGCCGGAUCAGAUCCGAACAAAGCUGCGCACAUUGCGGAAGCAAUACUUCAAAGCGUCCCGAUCCCGCAACAAAAAUGCACACCGUGCCUGUGCCUACUUCCCGUUGCUGCACGAUCUGUUUACCGACGCGCAAAAGAAAAGGGACGCUAAGGAAGCGCAGGCUGAACUCAGCCACCAAAGGCAUCAGCAGCGGCAAGAGAAGAAGCAUCAGAUGGGAAACGUCACCGGGACGAACUAUCACUCACGAUCGUCGACGAUCCGGAGUGUAAGCGGUAGCAGCAUGAGCAGCAUGCCGAGCCCACAGUCCUACCACAAUGGUUACGAUCACCAUCAACAUCAUCAUUACCAGCGUCACAAGUACAGCGCAAGCAUACCAUUCGGUGCGAAUUACGACAUCAAUAGGAGACACGUUUCGCCGGUGCGACAAGUGAUACCGGACAAGUAUCACCUGAAGCUGAACGAAUAUCAGCCAAAUCUGAACAACUCGUUGGCAAAUUUGUGCAAAAAUGAUCGGUAUGCUGACGUAUUGUUGUUUGUCUGCAACGAUGAAGAUACCAUCGCCAUUCCGGCACAUAGACUUAUCCUGGGAACGUUUAGCUCGUACUUUGCAAAUGUGUUCGAAAAGGCGAACCUGCUGUCGCUGCAAACCAUACCGAUCGUGUUGCCUCCGAUGAUAACACGCUCGGCAACGCACUGCCUACUACAGUACAUGUACACCGGUGAGGCGAUCGUGCCGGCCGAAAUGCUGGACGAGGUGAUGCAGUGCGGCGAGCUGCUGCGUAUCUAUGGAUUCUGCAAAAAGAUGGCACCGAGCAUGCUGUCCCAGAAGGGCCAUCCGGGACUCGUCUCGAUGCCGCUGGUUUCGGUGACGAAAAAUCUCAGCAUGGACCCGACGCCACCGGUCAGCAAUCCGCGGAAGCGCAAGAACACAAUCUCCCCCCGACCGACGCCAUCGCCGACACCAACACCGUCGCGUUCACCCACGCCCCCGCCGUCAGUGGAUUCCGGACGCGGUGAAAAGACACCCCCGGCGACGCAGCCGACGAUCGUUCCCGAAAAGCCACUGCCCGUACCUGAGAAGCAAGCCGAACCCGUUGUGCGCCCCGCAGAAAAGUCAGUCACACCUCCGCCGGAACAAAAAGAACCGAAGCAAGAAAUCGGGGACGAUACGGCGCAUGCCAAACAGAGUCCGAGCGUGCAGCUAAAUGUGACGACCGAACAAAGAAAGCAAACGGCCAUCGAUGGUGACGGACAGACGGACAAAGAGAAGGAAAUACAUGAACCCAGUAAAGAGAAAAUGGUCUCGAAGACGGAGAAGCUGCCGCCGGCGGUGGUGCCUCCACCGCCUGUUGUAACAGCUCCCGAGACGCCACAUCCCGAUACUCCGCCAUCGAUGCCACCAUCGCCGGCCUAUUCGCGUACCUCCCGAGCCCCCACGCCACCCUGCCCAGCAUCGCCCCCGACACCGAUAUCGAUACCUCCGCCAACGCCGACGCCCGCGCCAGCACUGAGUCAACGCAAGUCACCCGAAAAAAUCCGUUCCCCGCCAAGGGACAUCAUCGAGGAGCUGGACAACAUGGUUACGCUGACGUCUGAUGAGUCGAUGAUGGAAAUCGUAACAAAAUCUCCCGGCUCGAGGAAUUCGCCCUUCAGCACCCACACGAAUAGUCCGAUCGGUACGAACGAUGAGAACGGCUCGAAGCUGGAAGCGCUGAUCGAGUUCGACUACGACGAGCUGAAUCUACCCAACACAUCCAUGGACGAUCAGCCAUGCGUUGAUCUGGACAACGAGGACGACGACCAUCAGCUAGGAACGCCGCUCGAUCAGCUAGUCUACUCCCGAUUGAACUGUCAGCUAUGCCACGAAUCCUUCACCACGCCGACGGGCUGGGUACAGCACGUGUCGGGCCACUGCAUCAUGGACCAGGGUUUGGUAAAACGGAGACGCAUCUCGAGCAACGAUGGCAACUCGCUCGACUCGGCGUUUCGGUGCGACAUGUGCUCGUCCUAUUUCAUAUCGGCGUACGACUGGCAAUCGCACGUAGCGGAAGCGCACGAAGGAGCCUAAAACGGGCUGACGUUCGUUUCCACCUACACCCUCCCCCCUCAACUGAUGUGCUGAUUCAUUUCGUCACAAUUUUAAUCUAUAAUUCACGUAACGUAAACGGUAGAUGUUGAUAAAUAGGCUUUAUAUAGGAAUCAAACAAACAAAAGGCUACGAAGAAAGAGAGUGAGAAGGCGCUAGAUAUAUAUAUUUCAAUUUGUAAUGCUUCCUGUGGCAGCGUGUAGCACGGGAAAUCUGUAGAGGAUUGGUCUCUUUAGGAAGGAAAAAAAUGGUUCGGAGCCGUGGAACUCAUGGUUCGGAAUUAACAGUUGCGUACGACCUCGAUCGCCUCGAUGUACGGCCGAGCUUUUGAACAUUUAUCAAAACAGCUCAACCUUAGCCCCGCACUUUUAAAUUGACCAAAAUUAAACUUUAACGUUAAGAAUAGAAUCAUAAGUUUAGUUGCUUUGAAUUAUUUUGUGAAAACAUUUGCUGAAGAUUUCGUUUUUCUUCUACGUAUUUAGGUGUAAACGUGCGUGUUUGAUCUUUUAUUUAAUGAACUAUUUUACUUAGUAUCGAUUAUUGGCGACGGAUAACAAUUGCAUCCAAAAAGUGUAGAUCAAAUAAUUGUGAGAUAAUUUCUUUUGAAAACAUUCAAAACCGAUCCUA